AUGGUGUCACAGCUAACAUCAUGGUGUCAUAGCCAGCAUCAUGCUGUCACAGCUAGCAUCAUGCUGUCACAGCCAUCAUCAUGCUGUCACAGCCAGCAUCAUGCUGUCACAGCCAGCAUCAUGCUGUCACAGCCAGCAUCAUGCUGUCACAGCCAGCAUCAUGCUGUCACAGCCAGCAUCAUGCUGUCACAGCCAGCAUCAUGCUGUCACAGCCGACAUCAUGCUGUCACAGCCAGCAUCAUGCUGUCACAGCCAGCAUCAUGCUGUCACAGCCAGCAUCAUGCUGUCACAGCCAGCAUCAUGCUGUCACAGCCAGCAUCAUGCUGUCACAGCCAGCAUCAUGCUGUCACAGCCAGCAUCAUGCUGUCACAGCCAGCAUCAUGCUGUCACAGCCAGCAUCAUGCUGUCACAGCCAGCAUCAUGCUGUCACAGCCAGCAUCAUGCUGUCACAGCCAGCAUCAUGCUGUCACAGCUAGCAUCAUGCUGUCACAGCCAACAUCAUGCUGUCACAGCCAACAUCAUGCUGUCACAGCCGACAUCAUGCUGUCACAGCCGACAUCAUGCUGUCACAGCCGACAUCAUGCUGUCUCAGCCAGCAUCAUGCUGUCUCAGCCGGCAUCAUGCUGUCCCAGCCAGCAUCAUGCUGUCUCAGCCGGCAUCAUGCUGUCCCAGCCGACAUCAUGGUGUCUCAGCCAGCAUCAUGCUGUCACAGCCAACAUCAUGCUGUCACAGCCAACAUCAUGCUGUCACAGCCAACAUCAUGCUGUCACAGCCAACAUCAUGCUGUCACAGCCGACAUCAUGCUGUCACAGCCGACAUCAUGCUGUCACAGCCAGCAUCAUGCUGUCUCAGCCGACAUCAUGCUGUCACAGCCAACAUAAUAUUUUCACUACUGACGUCUGUCUGUCUAUCUACCUCACAACCUUACAUGCACUCAAGCUUACAUGCACUCAACCUUACAUGCACUCAACCUUACAUGCACUCAACCUUACAUGCACUCAACCUUACAUGCACUCAACCUUACAUGCACUCAACCUUACAUGCACUCAACCUUACAUGCACUCAACAAUCAAUUUUGCAAACACUAAACAACAAUUGCAAACACCAUAG